AUGGGAUAUUUGAAAGCUUCGCGCACUUUUAAUGUUCUAAAAUCAACUUUAGAAGACUAUGUCAAGCGUGGCAGUUCUCCAGCUCCAGCCGGAAGAAGACCUGGCCUUUCGCCAGACUUGGAGAAGAUGUUAGUUGAUUAUUGUUUGGAAAUGGAUCGACGUUUCUUUGGUCUAAGUACAAUAGACAUCAGAAGGUUUGCUUACCAACUUGCUGAAAAAAAUGGCUGUUCGCAUAGAUUUUCUCGUGAGAAAGGCCAAGCUGGAAAAAAAUGGUUACGUGCAUUUUUAAGAAGACAUAAAAACUUAACGCUACGUAAACCACAAGGCUUAUCAAAAGCUAGAAUAAAGGGCUUCACAAAGGAAAAUGUUGAUCAUUUCUUUGAUUUACUUGAGCCAGCAAUGGAAAAAAUUCAAUUCAAUGCUUUACGAAUAUAUAACGUGGACGAAACUGGCAUAACAGCAGUCCAGUCCAAACAUCCCCGCGUCAUUUCUUUAAAGGGAAAAAAAACAAGUGUGCGCAGUAACUGCAGCUGA